ACUUUCUGCCUCGGCGUGUUUUGUCUAUGAAGAUGGCUCCUGACAUAUAGUUAGUUGGCAUGUCGGAGGAUCGUAGCGAAUUGUGAUAUUUGAAUACUUUAUAUAACGUACAUAUAGAAACGAAACUUUUACCAUGAAUUUGGGUACGUCGAACAGUUAUGGAAAUGGACUACUCUAUGCAGGUUUCAAUCAGGAUCAAGGUUGCUUUGCGUGUGGCAUGGAAAAUGGUUUUCGAGUGUACAACUGUGACCCAUUAAAAGAAAAAGAAAGACAAGAUUUUGCUGAAGGGGGCUUAAGUUAUGUAGAGAUGCUGUUCCGAUGCAAUUACCUGGCCUUAGUAGGAGGAGGACCGCGACCAAUGUAUCCUCCAAACAGAGUAAUGGUUUGGGAUGAUCUGAAGAAAACUCCUGUUAUUGCUCUGGAAUUUAAUGCACCAGUGAGGGGAGUGCGGUUGCGUCGUGAUAGAAUAGUUGUCAUUCUUGAAGGAGUAAUUAAAGUAUAUACCUUCACCCAAACCCCUCAGCAGUUACAUGUAUUUGAAACAAAUCCUAAUCCCAAAGGAUUGUGUGUUUUGUGCCCCAACAGUAAUAAUUCUCUAUUGGCAUUUCCGGGAAGAAAAACUGGUCAUGUACAAGUUGUGGAUCUGGCAAACACAGAAAAAGCACCUUUAGAUAUUGUUGCGCAUGAAGCAGCAUUGAGUUGCAUUGCUCUAAAUUUACAGGGAACUAGACUUGCAACAGCUUCUGAAAAGGGUACAUUGGUUCGUGUGUUUGACGCUGCAUCGGGAACAAUGAUAAAUGAACUUAGGCGAGGUGCCAAUACAGCUAAUAUAUAUUGUAUCAAUUUCAAUCGUGAUUCAUCUUGCCUAUGUGUAGCCAGUGACCAUGGAACUGUGCACGUGUUUGCAGUUGAAGAUCAAAAGUUAAACAAACAAUCAAGUUUAGCAUCCGCUUCCUUUUUGCCCAAGUACUUCAGCUCCAGUUGGAGCUUCUGCAAAUUUCAAGUGCCCGGUGGACCACAGUGUAUGUGUGCCUUUGGAACUGACAACAAUUCUGUUAUAGUUAUUUGUGCUGAUGGCAGUUACUACAAGUUCCUUUUUAACAACAAGGGUGAGUGUUCCAGAGAUGUCUAUGCUCAAUUUCUUGAAAUGACUGAUGAUAAAAUGUAGUGAUUGUAAAUGUAAAAUGGAGAAUUGUAAAUGCCAAUGUAUCUAUAUCUUUUCUUCUGGUCCUCAAAAUGGGAAAGGACUGGAUGAUGGUGCUUGAUGAGUGUGUAACAGAAUCAUGUUAUUGAUCUAAUUAUUUUGUUUCAUUCUCUCUGUGAAUAUUUGCGAUACCUCGCUAUUUGGAGGUUUUCGUCAUGCCAUUGGCAAAUCAGUGUAUAGAAAACAAGACACCGAAUGAUGAAGUUGAUAGAUAAAGUAGGUAUAUAUGUUGUUUGUAAUCAAUUACUUGAUGUUCUGGUAAAUUGAAAUUAUAAUAAGUCAGUGAUAUUUAAAAUACAGAUGAUUAACUAGAGUUUCUUCUCAACAGCAGUUUUCAUGGGUUAAAUUAAUCUAGUCAUGUUUUCGAACACUGGCCUGGUAACUUCUUUGCUCAACUUAUGUCUUCUAUGUUAUUCUCUGUAAACUUUUGUAUUCAUAAUCCUUGUGUCUUUGGAUAUACAUUGUAAUUGAUAUGUACAGAAUCCAUCUUUUUAAGUGAUUAAUGUUAAGAGUUUCUCAAGUUCAUUGUACAAUACAUGAGAUAAACUUCAAGAAUACAAGCUCCUGUGAUUUGGUUUCUCUUGGUGAAUUUUUAUUAAUUUUUAUUGUAAUGACUUUAAUUUGUGCAUGAUAUAUUCUUCAAAUUAUUGUAAUAUAAUAUUCCAUAGUUCAAUAUAUUAAAUCUUUUUAUAAUUCAGAAGAGAUAUAUUUUGAUAUCAUCAGUGAUUUAAAUUGAACUCUCAUUGUUGAGGGAAACAAAUGAUGAAGAUGAAGUCAUUCAAAGUGAGACUUACGGAAAUUGCAACCUAAGAAUGAAGAUUGGAAAUUAAAUAAUUGUAAUGUAACACAAAUUAUUUGGUGGUACAUUGAUUUUCUGUUUACAAAAGUUAGCAUUUGAGAUAUUAUUAUCAUUAUUGAGAUAUUUGGAAUAAUAAGAACUUAUAAGAUAUCAAGUAGACACUUCCAAAAUAUAUGUAUCAAGUUAUCAGUUGUAAAAAUAUUAACCUUUUUUUGAAUUUUCCUUUUGAAAUUGAAUAUGUGUGUGGAUGCAUUAAACUCUCAGAUUAUACAGUUAUGCUUGUUAGUUAAAUUACUAAAGACGUACAAAAAAAGUAAACAUGUAAUAGUACUAAAUUAUGAUAAUGACAAGACAUGCAAUAAAAAUGUUGUUUUAAUACUUACCAAUGCAUCGAAUAUCACAGUGCUACAAUUAUAAACAUUACUUUUUUGUCGUAUCAAUAGAAAAAUCAUAUUUGAAAAACUAAAUGUUAAGAAUUUGUUAUUUCAAAUUUUAAAAGUUUUUCUUAUUUUAAGGUGUAGUAUUUUAUAACAUCUAAUAGUCUUUUUUGAAGCUGAUAUUUGAUUUCGCUUCAGGUUUCUCACAAGCUUCUUUUUGGUCAUCUUUGUUUUCUAGAUUUACAUUAAUUUCGUUAUAAUGUACUUUAAAUAAAUUAUUUUUUCAUGGAAACAAUAAGUUUCUAUAUUGUUAAUGUAUUGCAGCUUAGAAAUCUGCAUUAUUACCCUUCUUUUUUAAUGUUUUCCCUUCUCUCUCUGUCUUUCUUCUUUUUCCACCAUAAGACGAUCGUUUAUAAUGGCUUAUUUCUCAGUUAAAUUUAACUUGCAGCAGCUUGUUGGUUUUGUAAGUAUUUCAGACUUCCUUUACUUUUUUAUUUAAUUUAAUGAUUAAUUUAAACCAUUUAUGAUCGUUGUCUGAUGAGAAGAAAAAGGAUCAGUCAAAAUAAAUAAAGAAUACCUUAAUAUACAUGAAAAUGAAUUUAUGAUUUUACAUCAAUUGGAGAUAUUAUUUCUUCUCUCUUUUUUUGAGUUCAAGACACAUACCAUUGUCUUGAGCAGCUUUAAGCUGACGUUGAGGCCUUUUAUUUAUUUCUCUAAUUUAUUUUUCUUUCUUCUCUAAAUCACAUAUGAUUAAUAUUACAAUAAAGAAACAAGCUGAAAAGUGAACAUAUUCUUUAACAGCAGUUAAAUUUAGUUAUCAUACAUUAUAAUAAAAAAACUGAAUAAAAUACAUCAGAAAUUAGUUAUGUUUUUUUAAAAUUUUUAUUUACUUACAAUUAGCCAAGAAAAAAGGUUAUAGUACACCAACCUUUAAAUAUCUGAAUCCUCAGCAGUCUUCUACUAUCCCUGCUCCAAUGUUUAAUUUCUGAGUGAAAAAAAUAAACAAUUAUGUUAUUAUGCUGGAAAUUUGCUAUCGAUGAGCCCACAUGGUGAAAGUUUCUGCAAAAACACUGCAAUUGUCAAGAUCUUCAAAGAAGGCAGACAAAUGAUCUAUGGAUAAGAGAGAAAUAAUUGGUUGAAAAUGGUCCUCUCGUUAACACCAACAAACAUGUCAGGAAGAAAUCAUCAAAAUUGUUUCCUAAGCAAUAUCCUGAUCGAGAUGAAGAUGAUAAGAAAAGAUGAGAAUUCAGCUUCAAUAUACCAAAUAUCAUCCUUCUUCACCAUCUGUUGACGUUUUAGGACAGUAAGAGGAGAGACUUGUUUGCCAAAACACCUCUAACGUAUUUAAAAUAGAGACAUCAUUAAAGCCUUUUUUCAUUAGCAAUAAAUAAUGCAUCAAUAUUACAAACAUUAUCUGGGCAUAUAUACAUACUAUGGUACAUUUAGAGUUGGGGAAGGGAGGACUUGAACUUCAGUUCACUCCCUCAGAAGAAAACAAUACGUAUUCACAAAUAUAGUUUUUCGGUGAUACUAGUUUUUUACAGUAACAAAAGUUAAUCCUCCUCUGAGUGUUCAGUUAAAUUAUAUUGUUUAGUAGACUUAAGAAAUGUAUGAUGCAGAUUUUUUAAAUUCCAGUAAACUUUUUGGGCAUCUUAUUUUUUAUACUAAUUUUGAAACUCAUUGUUUUCCUGAGAUGCUUUUAAAAAUUGUUUGUUUCAUUAUCAAACUUGCAUUGUAUGUCAGAAUUGAGUAUUGUAUUUGAGUCAGAAUUGUAUGGGAAGCAAUUGUUCAACAACUUAGUAUUUGAGGAAUCAUACUUUGUUAUGUACUUGUGAAUAGUUAUGUAUGCAAACUUCUUGUCAAUGAAAUUUACCAAUUAUUUUCACUUAUUCAUAUAAAAUUCAGGAAUGGUUUCAAUUAGAAUAACUAGAAGCUAUAAUACAUUUUCAAUCUGUGCAUGUUUUCUUAAACUCCAAAUACUCUACUCCCUGUCGUUAAUAAUACAUUAUUAAAUUGUGAAAAAAAAUAAAAGCAACAGGAAUGGGCUAUUUUGGGUAAACAGAAAUUUUCUAGAACUCUUAAUGAAAGAACUGAACCACCCACCCCAAUUACAUCUAGCAAAAAAGUGAAUGAGGAAACCAUGAGAAAAUAGUUAUCAUAAUUAAAAAUUGUACAUAGUAUUUUUGAAAUGGUGGUUAUGUGAUUAUUUCAUGACCAACUUGUUGAAACACGCUAUACAUCCCAUGAAAUAUGCUGUUUGACUUGAGACAAUUUCUGAUUUAUUGUGUAAGAGACUGAAAUAGUAAUUAUCAAAGUAGUAAUACAGAAAGGAAUAAGAAUCUCAAAAUUGUUGAGAAAUCUUAUUCCUUCGCAUUUUGUCAUAGGUAGGCUGAUUUUAUUGAAUAAUAAUGCUUUUGUUUCAUGUAUCUUCAAAAAUAGGAAAUUAAAUUCAUAAAAACACAACAUGUACAAUAUUGUAGCAACUUGCUUGAAAAUAUGUAAAUUUGCUUGAUGGAAUGGGUGUUUUAUAACGCAUAACCAAAUUUUUAUUCAUGUGUUAGUGUAGUUCAAGAAUUUUUCCAUUCAUUGUUUAGAUGGUAGACAAUUAGUUUUGACAAAUAAUGAAGUGCCAUUGAAUGUACUAGAAUAAUGCAUCAUCACAGCUUUGCCUUAACCAGACCAGAUGUAUUUUCGUAGGAAAACUCCUCUUAAACUUUAUAUUCUUCCACUGUGGUUAUGUAGUUUAGGGAGAUUAUAUAAUUCUGGUUAAAAAUUCCAUGCUCAAAUUACUAGGAAAUGUAUAUAUCUUAGUGAUUUUAUAAUUUAAAAAAAAUAUUUUUGUGCCUAGAGAAUACACAAGUUUCAUAGUGGUAAUGAGCGUUCAGAAGACGUUUCCCAAUAAAUUUGACUUUGAUAAAAAUUUCAUUCUUUGGUUCUAAGCUAUCAGCAUCAUUGUACUAGUAUGAUUGAGAUUGAGUAAUGUCUUUGAAAACAUCUUAAGCAAUUGUUGGAGCUUAAAAUAGGAAUUACAUUUUGUCAGUUUAUAUCCUGCAGAGAUUCUCUCGUGUUACAGUCGGUUACUGAUUGAUAAAAUAUAAUAUUUUCUUUCCAUUACAAUAAAAUAAGUUGGCUAAAUCUCAUUUUUAUUAAUAACUAAAAGUACAACUUUUUUAAUUUUUUGAGGGCAGGGAAAACCUUUUUAUCAAAUCAAUUUUUUUCCAUGCAUGCUUUUUUCCUAAACACAUGCAUUUGCCAAUUGUAGUAGUAUAUGUGGAUUAAAAAGUAAGUCAUGCCACAAAGUAUUAAUUUUCUAGUUCAUUCAUGUGUUUAUUAUUAUUUUUAUUAUGUUCUUUUUUUUGUUUUCUGAGGUUGUAAUAAUUUGAUCUAGCCUUUGGUUGUUAUUACAUUUAAACAUUGAGUAUUUUCUUUGCAGAUUUUUUUUAUGUCAAUGUCAUCAAAGUCAAAUAUCUUAAAACAAUUGUAAUGGUUUGAAUAAUUUAAUAAAUGUCAAUUUGAAAAGGAAAUAUUUUGAAUCAUGUCUCUUGCCUGGAUCAAGGAAGAUAUCCUUUAGUUUUGAGAAUACAAUACACAUUUGUCUUCUUCUGAGAAACAUGUAUCAAUGUUUGAGAAGGAAGUAUAGUAUUAUGAUUCCCACAUUUUAUUUAAUUAUUUAUAACAGAAUAUUGUGUAUUUUGAUUUGUAAGAUGAAAGUACUUAAAUGCAUUCAUAUCAGGAUUGUUCUGUCCUUUUUUGUGUAUAUAUUGUAUUUCUGGCUUAACUGAAGUUCUGUAGAUAGUUACGUAUACUUUUUAAUGUUAAACAUUGGUUGUAAAUGGUUCUGAUCCAGAUAAGAAAGGAAUUAUUGAGAUGUAAAUAUGAUUGUGAAAAGACAAAAUACAAUUAUUACUUAUUAAAUGUUUUAUUGUAAGAAAAUCUAUGUGACAUUUGGUUAUGUAUAUUUUGCACCAAUAUGUUAUGUAUUAUCUUGUAGGAUCUAAUUUGAAAUUUCUUGUACAUACAAAGUGCCGUGAUUGGCUUAAAUAAAGCACUCAUGAAUUUUAUGACUUUAUUGGAAUGGCACAAUUUGAUUUAUUACCCCAUGUUAAUUUGAAAAAUAAUUUUUGUAGAAAUAGAUACCAUCUCUCACAUAUUUUUACUACAUUACAUUAAAUGAACAAUGGCAAUAAAAUUUGCCACAUUCCAGGAAGUUACUGGUUGCACAGUUUGCAAAUAUUAGUAAGUUUAAAUAUGAGAUUACAGGUAGAAUUAGAUGGUUAUUUUUACACAUGAAAUUACUUGUCAAUUAUAAUUUCUUUUGUUCAUUUCUCUGUUACUCCUCAUUAAUUAUAAAGAAAAUUGAUUUUCAUCAUAGCAUAUUGUAUACAUUAGAAGCUGUUUUGUUACAAUUCCAUAUUACCAAUCAUCACAACUAUAUUCAACUUGAAACAGGUGAAUUAGAAAUGCAUGCGAAGCACAUGAGCAUAAUGUUGAUAAUGUGCUUUUCUUCAGAUUUAUCUUUUUUAUGCAUAUUGCAUUUAAAAUCAGAUUAUUGGUGUAUUUUAAGCGCAGAUUGGUAUUGUACAAAAUAACCAGAUGCAUGUUAAUUAAUUUAUCUACUUCCCUUUUUCCUCAAGAAUAAUUAAUCAUCUGAAGAUCGUUUUUAUCAAUUGAAUUCUUGAAGAAUUAGUGUGAGUAUAUUUUCAUUUCAGAAUUGCAGUAUUGUGUUGUAUUGUCUAAAGAACAAAUUUUUGGUUUUGUUCUGAAUGCUUUUUACAUUUUUGUUACUUGAAUGAACAAUUACAAAAAAUGUACACUAUCCACCAAAGAGGUAGUAUCAAGUUUUGACUGUACAACAACGAAAAUGAUGACACAACAAAAUUAUAACAUGCAACUGACUUAUCAAAUGUUCUAAAUUGUCAAGUAUUGUCAUGAAUUAUGCCACUUCUUAAAAUUAAGCAUUGAUCACAGAACAUGUGGAGUAUAAAGAGCUAAUUUUACUGCUUGGCUUUCUAUUAUACUUGUAUAAAAUAUGGACUUACAAUACCUGCAUUUUAUUUAAUGACAGGUUAAUAAAAUCUCAUGUGUGCAAUAAAAUAACUCUCAACAUAAUAAAAUUCAUGAAGCAACUGAUGCUUUUAAUUUGAGUAUUUACCUGUGUGCAAGUUGGCACACACUGCUCUUUAAAAUAUAAUGAUGUAUUGCACAGUUCGUAGUGGCAAGUUUGUGUAAAUCACUAGAAGCUACACAUUUGAAGGCUUCCCGUCUAAUGCCAUUGGAUACAUGUAUCCAGCUUUGAUGCUCAUCAUAUCUUGCUGGGCAAGGACAGCACAACUUGCAGCUUGUUCUUCAUAAAUUUGUCUGUAGAAACUGAACACCACCAACCAUAAGCAGAAACCUGUUGUGAAGUGAGUAGUAUUAAACUUACAGAUAUUAUUAUUUCGAAUAAUAAAAAUCUGCCAAUUAUUUUCAAAGCUGAUGUUCCAAAUUAAAGGUCUUAUUUUUAAAUAUACUAAUUUAUUUUUGUCACAUUAUUCUGUGAAAGUUGGAAACUACAAAAAUAAAGUUAUGAUGUCGAUUGUAUUCUUUUCUCAAUAUUUUGACAUUUGUUUUUAUGACAUUUACUGUUAGAACUUGCCAAUAAUUAAUUUCAAGACUACCCUGCUUUUUUCCUUCUUUUUUUUCUUUUCUUUUCUUUUUUUCUUUCUUUCCC